CCACCUAUAAGUCAAUACACAGAAGUUAAGGGUUUAAAAUUAAAAAAAAAAAAAAAAGACUAGAGCAAGGUUGAUGGGAGUGGGAACCCUAAACACAUAAGAUUUUGAAUAUACCUUAAGAAAGUUUCUGAUUCACCUCUCCCAUUUUACAGAUGAAGAAACUGAGAUCCAGAGAUAGACUCGCGUGAGCUGUCAUGACCAGACAGAGAUUAGAAGCCCAGUCUUCUGAAUCCUAUACUCUUGAGAUGUGAAAAGUUAACUCAAAAUAGAAGGCAGCUCUAGAAAUCAAGAAUAUGACUCAGGAAAGCAGUUAUGGAAAAUGGACUGUUUCCAGCAGUGAUGAGAGUGAAGAAGAUGAAAAGACAAACCUUGAGAAACCUUCUACCUCUUCUCUGCCCAGUUUUGGACGAGAUGUGCUGAAUGGCCCUGGAUAUACCUGUUCUGAUGCCCGGAAAGCAGCUUACCGGAGGAAAUUAUCUCCAGUAAAGUUUGACAGUAAAAAUGCAUCUUCUGAAAAGUCAUCCCUGAAAAGGCAGAAGAGUUCCCAGGAAGAUUUAGGCUGGUGUCUGUCUAGCAGUGAUGAAGAAUCCCACCUAAAUGGCCAAUCGGGGCAGCCACAGAAAGGGACAGUCAAAGAGGAAAAAUGUACAUUUCCAAAAGAACCAUCUAAACCCACCCCCAGAAAUUCCCACCCUCUGGUCAUCCCAAAGUCCCAAUUGGACUAUGAGGCUUCAGAUGAAUCCCAAGAACCUUGGGACCUAUUAGAGGAAAAGAACCCGUUCAGAUUUUAUCUCACAAAAGUCUCUGGAAUUAUGCCAAAGUAUAACGCUGGAGUACUCCACAUUAAAGAUAUUUUAUCUCCUCUGUUUGGGACACUUUUGUCUUCAGCUCAGUUUAACUACUGCUUUGAUAUAGAUUGGCUCAUAAGACAGUAUCCACUAGAGUUCAGGAAGAAGCCCAUCUUGCUCGUGCAUGGGGACAAAAGAGAAGCCAAAGCUCGAUUACAAGAGCAGGCAAAGCCUUAUGGAAACAUCUCCCUUUGCCAGGCCAAGUUGGACAUUGCUUUUGGAACUCAUCAUACGAAAAUGAUGCUACUGUUAUAUGAAGAAGGUCUUCGAGUCGUUAUCCAUACUUCCAAUCUUAUUCAGGCUGACUGGCACCAGAAAACUCAAGGAAUAUGGCUCAGCCCUUUAUAUCCACGGCUACCAUAUGGAACACCCAGUACCUCUGGUGAAUCAUCAACAAAUUUCAAAUCUGAUCUGAUAAAUUACUUAAUGGCUUACAGUGCUCCUUCUCUUAAAGAGUGGGCAGAUAUCAUUCAAGAGCAUGACCUUUCUGAAACAAGAGUAUAUCUUAUUGGUUCAACUCCUGGACGAUUUCAAGGCAAUCAUAAAGGAGACUGGGGCCAUUUUCGACUUAGAAAGCUACUGAAAGAGCAUACCCCGUUGAUCCCUGAGCAACAGUCUUGGCCUGUUGUGGGCCAGUUUUCAAGCAUUGGCUCCUUGGGAGCUGAUGAGUCUAAAUGGCUUUGUGCCGAGUUUAAAGAGAGUCUGGUGGUUCUAGGAAACUGUGGAAAGUCUCAAGGACAGCAGGAUGUUCCCCUCCAUUUGAUUUAUCCCACAGUGGAGAAUGUCCGGAAGAGUUUGGAAGGAUAUCCUGCUGGUGGCUCUCUUCCAUAUAGCUUACAAACUGCAGAGAAACAACUUUGGCUCCACUCCUAUUUUCACAAAUGGUCAGCAGAAACAUCAGGCCGUAGCAAUGCCAUGCCUCACAUUAAGACUUAUAUGAGACUGUCUCCAGACUUUGCAAAGAUGGCGUGGUUUCUCGUCACAAGUGCAAAUUUAUCUAAGGCUGCUUGGGGAGCUUUGGAGAAAAAUGGUACCCAGCUGAUGAUUCGCUCUUAUGAACUUGGAGUUCUUUUUCUUCCUUCUGCAUUUGGAAUGGAUACCUUCAAAGUCAAGAAGAAAGUCUUUUCAGAAAAUCGGGAACCAGCAACCUCUUUUCCUGUGCCCUAUGAUUUGCCUCCAGAAAUUUAUGACAGUAAAGAUCGUCCGUGGAUUUGGAAUAUCCCCUAUACUAAGGCACCAGACACACAUGGAAAUAUGUGGGUCCCAUCAUGAAAUACUUAAGGCAGCCUGAAGAAGGGAAAUCAGAUAGACCCUGAGCCCAUAGACUGGAUUCUUUCUUAUUCUCAAGUAUACAAUUAUAUUUAGAAUGUCCACAGGAAAAAAUAAUAACCUUAUGGAAAAAAUAUUGAACAAAACAGUUAAAAAUAUAUGUUCAAGGAAUUAAAGGUGACUUUUCCUGAUUGUAUUAUUACUAAAACUUAUUUUAACUGAUUUUGGUAUGCAUACAUUUUGAAUUGAGGCUAUCAGAGAAAAAUGCUCAAAGAAAUUGGGUUUUACAUUAGCCUCAAUCUUUUCUAGAUUCAAACUUGUCUCAGCAAAUUUGAAUCCAAAGUUGUUCGUGUUUCUGUAUUAUGUUCCCACCAUCCACUGUGAAAGAUGCUGUUUGUGCCAUUGAAACUCUGAAAGAAUAAAUAAAUGAUAAUUUAGUUAAA